AUGGCUGACAACAACAUCCCAAGUGCUGAUCCCUUCCUCCUGCAACACCUGAUCGAAGAGUCCACCCGUGACGGGGCGAAUCGUCGUCGACAGGUGGGAAAUCGGCAUACCCUCAUCGGGCAAAGAAGGCCCGGGCAUGAAGCCUCACCACCCAGGAGGCAGCAGAUCCAUAGCAUCCAGCAGCUGCAGGGCCUCCAACAGGUUCAGAACGUUGACCAAGUCCCUCCCGAAGGACACGUUCAGAACGAGGAGGACGGGCAGCAACGAACUCACAAUGGGCCAGAACAUGCCCAGAAUGUGAAUGAGGCCGACACCAGAGACGGGCAGCCUGCUUCCUCAUUCACCCACACCUCCGAAAGGCGGAGAGCCCGUCACGGAGAAGAAGAGGAGCCGCUCAACAUUCUCGAGGACGCUGACCCCAUCACCGUCCGUUUGCUCAAAGAAAUACAACUAACAAACAGCCUCCUCCGAAUUCAGAACGACCGAAUUCACGAGCUGGAAAGACAGCGACGACGUCGCUCCCCUCCGAGGAAGCACUACAGGUCACGCUCCUAUUCCUCCUCGCGCUCACCGCCAAGGAGGUACCGCCGGCGUUCCCCAUCCUCUUCAAGGUCUCCACCAAGAAGAUAUCGUCGCCGGAGGACACGUUCCCGUUCUCCGCCAAGAAAGAGCAAGAAGAACCAGAGGCCAGAAGCCAAUGAAGCGAGAAGCCCCUCCCCCGAACAGGAUCAUCGGGGCCCUUCCAAAGCUGCACCGAAACCUGGCGAACGUCCCCCUCGGGACAACCGUACCAGUUCGGACGAUAACCAAGGAAAACCCCGGCGAAACAGACACUACACUUCACCGGGACCAAGCGACGAGGAGGACUUCCGCAGCCCCUUGUCCGGCACUCUCCGGUAUGCUCGACUGCGGCAUACUGCUAUCGAAACAACCAAGUGUUGGAGCAAGUCCCCGGAGAACUCGAGCACAACCGAAAGCCAUAAAAUAUUCUAA